UAUAUAACUUGGUGUAGCUCUAGUCAUAUAUUUAUUACGAAAUCAUAAAAUCAACCAAUAAGACAUUUUUAAAAUCAACAGAAUUUCUACUUCACAAUAUUGGAUGAUCAUUUUCAAAGAAAACACAAGAUGACUGUAAACCAAGUUAUGUCAAUAGUGCUCCUUCUAAUGGUGGCCUUUAAUAUGAAUCCAACAGCCGCAACCACUACAACCUACACUGAUUCAUCGACAACAGCUGGUGAACCCACUACAACCGUCAUUGUUGCAUUGACAACAACUGGUGAACCCACUACAACACUCACUUGCUCAUCGACAACAGAUGGUGAAUACACUAAAACCGUCAUUGUUGUAUUGACAAGAACUGACGAACCCACUACAGCAGUCACUUGGUCAUCAACAACAACUGGUGAACCCAAUAAAACUGUCAAUGGGUCAUCGAGAAACACUUGUGAACCCACUACAGUAGUCACUUGUUCAUCGACAACAACUGUUACAACUGCACCCACAACAACUGUAACUGUUCCAUCGACAACUGCUGUUACAGCUGCACCCACAACAACUGUAACUGUUCCAUCGACAACUGCUGUUACAGCUGCACCCACAACAACUGUAACUGUUCCAUCGACAACUACUGUUACAACUGCACCCACAACAACUGUAACUGUUCCAUCGACAACUGCUGUUACAGCUGCACCCACAACAACUGUAACUGUUCCAUCAACAACUACUGUUACAACUGCACCCACAACAACUGUAACUGUUCCAUCGACAACUGCUGUUACAGCUGCACCCACAACAACUGUAACUGUUCCAUCGACAACUGCUGUUACAGCUGCACCCACAAUAACUGUAACUGUUCCAUCGACAACUGCUGUUACAGCUGCACCCACAACAACUGUAACUGUUCCAUCAACAACUACUGUUACAACUGCACCCACAACAACUGUAACUGUUCCAUCGACAACUGCUGUUACAGCUGCACCCACAACAACUGUAACUGUUCCAUCGACAACUGCUGUUACAGCUGCACCCACAACAACUGUAACUGUUCCAUCGACAACUGCUGUUACAGCUGCACCCACAACAACUGUAACUGUUCCAUCGACAACUGCUGUUACAGCUGCACCCACAACAACUGUAACUGUUCCAUCGACAACUGCUGUUACAGCUGCACCCACAACAACUGUAACUGUUCCAUCGACAACUACUGUUACAACUGCACCCACAACAACUGUAACUGUUCCAUCGACAACUGCUGUUACAGCUGCACCCACAACAACUGUAACUGUUCCAUCGACAACUGCUGUUACAGCUGCACCCACAACAACUGUAACUGUUCCAUCGACAACUGCUGUUACAGCUACCCCCACAACAACUGUAACUGUUCCAUCGACAACUGCUGUUACAGCUGCACCCACAACAACUGUAACUGUUCCAUCGACAACAACUGUUACAACUGCACCCACAACAACUGUAACUGUUCCAUCGACAACUGCUGUUACAGCUGCACCCACAACAACUGUAACUGUUCCAUCGACAACAACUGUUACAACUGCACCCACAACAACUGUAACUGUUUCAUCGACAACUGCUGUUACAGCUGCACCCACAACAACUGUAACUGUUUCAUCAACAACUGCUGUUACAGCUGCACCCACAACAACUGUAACUGUUCCAUCGACAACUACUGUUACAACUGCACCCACAACAACUGUAACUGUUCCAUCGACAACAACUGUUGUUACAGCUGCACCCACAACAACUGUAACUGAAUCAUCGACAACUGCUGUUACAGCUGCACCCACAACAACUGUAACUGGUCCAUCGACAACUGCUGUUACAGCUGCACCCACAACAACUGUAACUGUUCCAUCGACAACUACUGUUACAACUGCACCCACAACAACUGUAACUGUUCCAUCGACAACUACUGUUACAACUGCACCCACAACAACUGUAACUGUUCCAUCGACAACAACUGUUGUUACAACUGCACCCACAACAACUGUAACUGUUCCAUCGACAACAACUGUUGUUACAACUGCACCCACAACAACUGUAACUGGUCCAUCGACAACUGCUGUUACAGCUGCACCCACAACAACUGUAACUGUUCCAUCGACAACUACUGUUACAGCUGCACCCACAACAACAGUAACUGUUCCAUCGACAACUACUGUUACAACUGCACCCACAACAACUGUAACUGUUCCAUCGACAACUACUGUUACAACUGCACCCACAACAACUGUAACUGUUCCAUCGACAACAACUGUUACAACUGCACCCACAACAACUGUCACCGGUGCAUCAACUGCCACCACAUCUACAACGGCUACUCCUGUCACCACUACUGCCAUCAUCACAACCACAACCCCUGCAACUACCGCUGUUGCACUCACUGGAGUAUUUGUGGUGUUCACGUCCAUAGAGAUAUUUACCCCUGACCUAUCAAACACAUCUUCUGAGGGCUUUCGAACCCGAGCAACACUGAUUAAAACUAAGCUUGAACCUUUCUAUCGAUCGGCUUUCACCUCUUUCAUCAGUUUGACUGUGAUAAAAUUCAGGUCUGGAUCCAUCAUCACUACUAUGAAUUUAGCAUUCAACUCCUCCUCUGUCCCUAAUACCACGGAGAUUGGCACUGUUUUGAUAAAUGCUGCGCAAAACGACACAGCUUUGAACAUUGACCCCACCUCAGUGAUAGUCGAUGACACAGCCUUAACCACAACAACUGAUGAACCCACUACAACCGUAAUUGAUGAAUCGACAACAACUGAUGAACCCACUACAACCGUCAUUGAUGAAUCGACAACAAAUGAUGAACCCACUACAACCGUCAUUGAUGAAUCUACAACAACUGAUGAACCCACUACAACCGUCAUUGAUGAAUCGACAACAACUGAUGAACCCACUACAACCGUUAUUGAUGAAUCGACAACAACUGAUGAACCCACUACAACCGUCAAUGAUGAAUCGACAACAACUGAUGAACCCACUACAACCCUCAUUGAUGAAUCGACAACAACUGAUGAACCCACUACAACCGUCAUUGAUGAAUCGACAACAACUGAUGAACCCACUACAACAGUCAUUGAUGAAUCGACAACAAAUGAUGAACCCACUACAACCGUCAUUGAUGAAUCGACAACUACUGAUGAACCCACUACAACCUUCAUUGAUGAAUCGACAACAACUGAUGAACCCACUACAACCGUCAUUGAUGAAUCAACAACUACUGAUGAACCCACUACAACCGUCAUUGAUGAAUCGACAACAACUGAUGAAUCCACUACAACCGUCAUUGAUGAAUCGACAACAACUGAUGAACCCACUACAACCGUCAUUGAUGAAUCGACAGCAACUGAUGAACCCACUACAACCGUCAUUGAUGAAUCGACAACAACUGAUGAACCCACUACAACCGUCAUUGAUGAAUCGACAGCAACUGAUGAACCCACUACAACCGUCAUUGAUGAAUCGACAACAACUGAUGAACCCACUACAACCGUCAUUGAUGAAUCGACAACAACUGAUGAACCCACUACAACCGUCAUUGAUGAAUCGACAACAACUGAUGAACCCACUACAACCGUCAUUGAUGAAUCGACAACAACUGAUGAACCCACUACAACCGUCAUUGAUGAAUCGACAACAACUGAUGAACCCACUACAACCGUCAUUGAUGAAUCGACGACAACUGAAGAACCCACUACAACCGUCAUUGAUGAAUCGACAACAACUGAUGAACCCACUACAACCGUCAUUGAUGAAUCGACAACAACUGAUGAACCCACUACAACCGUCAUUGAUGAAUCGACAACAACUGAUGAACCCAAUACAACCGCCAUUGAUGAAUCGACAACAACUGAUGAACCCACUACAACCGUCAUUGAUGAAUCGACAACAACUGAUGAACCCACUACAACUGCCAUUGAUGAAUCGACAACAACUGAUGAACCCACUACAACCGUCAUUGAUGAAUCGACAACAACUGAUGAACCCACUACAACCGUCAUUGAUGAAUCGACAACAACUGAUGAACCCACUACAACCGUCAAUGAUGAAUCGACAACAACUGAUGAACCCACUACAACCCUCAUUGAUGAAUCGACAACAACUGAUGAACCCACUACAACCGUCAUUGAUGAAUCGACAACAACUGAUGAACCCAGUACAACCGUCAUUGAUGAAUCGACAACAACUGAUGAACCCACUACAACCGUCAUUGAUGAAUCGACAACAACUGAUGAACCCACUACAACCGUCAUUGAUGAAUCGACAACAACUGAUGAACCCACUACAACCGUCAUUGAUGAAUCGACAACAACUGAUGAACCCACUACAACCGUCAUUGAUGAAUCGACAACAACUGAUGAACCCACUACAACCGUCAUUGAUGAAUCGACAACAACUGAUGAACCCACUACAACCGUCAUUGAUGAAUCGACAACAACUGAUGAACCCACUACAACCGUCAUUGAUGAAUCGACAACUACUGAUGAACCCACUACAACCGUCAUUGAUGAAUCGAAAACUACUGAUGAACCCACUACAACCGUCAUUGAUGAAUCAACAACAACUGAUGAAACCACUACAACCGUCAUUGAUGCAUCGACAACAACUGAUGAACCCACUACAACCGUCAUUGAUGAAUCGACAACAACUGAUGAACCCACUACAACCGUCAUUGAUGAAUCGACAACAACUGAUGAACCCACUACAACCGUCAUUGAUGAAUCGACAACAACUGAUGAACCCACUACAACCGUCAUUGAUGAAUCAACAACAACUGAUGAACCCACUACAACCGUCAUUGAUGAAUCGACAACAACUGAUGAACCCACUACAACCGUCAUUGAUGAAUCGACAACCACUGAUGAACCCACUACAACCGUCAUUGAUGAAUCGACAACAACUGAUGAACCCACUACAGCCGUCAUUGAUGAAUCGACAACAACUGAUGAACCCACUACAACCGUCAUUGAUGAAUCGACAACAACUGAUGAAUCCACUACAACCGUCAUUGAUGAAUCGACAUCAACUGGUGAACCCACUACAACCGUCAUUGAUGAAUCGACAACAACUGAUGAACCCACUACAACAGUCAUUGAUGAAUCGACAACAACUGAUGAACCCACUACAACAGUCAUUGAUGAAUCGACAACAACUGAUGAACCCACUACAACCGUCAUUGAUGAAUCGACAACAACUGAUGAACCCACUACAACCGUCAUUGAUGCAUCGACAACAACUGAUGAACCCACUACAACCGUCAUUGAUGAAUCGACAACAACUGAUGAACUCACUACAACCGUCAUUGAUGAAUCGACAACAACUGAUGAAUCCAGUACAACCGUCAUUGAUGAAUCGACAUCAACUGGUGAACCCACUACAACCAUCAUUGAUGAAUCGACAACAACUGAUGAACCCACUACAACCGUCAUUGAUGAAUCGACAACAACUGAUGAACCCACUACAACCGUCAUUGAUGAAUCGACAACAACUGAUGAACCCACUACAACCGUCAUUGAUGAAUCGACAACAACUGAUGAACCCACUACAACCGUCAUUGAUGAAUCGACAACAACUGAUGAACCCACUACAACCGUCAUUGAUGAAUCGACAACAACUGAUGAACCCACUACAACCGUCAUUGAUGAAUCGACAACAACUGAUGAACCCACUACAACCGUCAUUGAUGAAUCGACAACAACUGAUGAACCCACUACAACCGUCAUUGAUGAAUCAACAACAACUGAUGAAUCCACUACAACCGUCAUUGAUGAAUCGACAUCAACUGGUGAACCCACUACAACCGUCAUUGAUGAAUCGACAACAACUGAUGAACCCACUACAACAGUCAUUGAUGAAUCGACAACAACUGAUGAACCCACUACAACCGUCAUUGAUGAAUCGACAACAACUGAUGAACCCACUACAACUGUCAUUGAUGAAUCGACAACAACUGAUGAAACCACUACAACCGUUAUUGAUGAAUCGACAACAACUGAUGAACCCACUACAACCGUCAUUGAUGAAUCGACAACAACUGAUGAACCCACUACAACCGUCAUUGAUGAAUCGACAACAACUGAUGAACCCACUACAACCGUCAUUGAUGACUCGACAACAACUGAUGAACCCACUACAACCGUCAUUGAUGAAUCGACAUCAACUGGUGAACCCACUACAACCGUCAUUGAUGAAUCGACAACAACUGAUGAACCCACUACAACAAUCAUUGAUGAAUCGACAACAACUGAUGAACCCACUACAACAGUCAUUGAUGAAUCGACAACAACUGAUGAACCCACUACAACCGUCAUUGAUGAAUCGACAACAACUGAUGAACCCACUACAACCGUCAUUGAUGAAUCGACAACAACUGAUGAACCCACUACAACCGUCAUUGAUGAAUCGACAACAACUGAUGAACCCACUACCACCGUCAUUGAUGAAUCGACCACAAAUGUUGAACCCACUACAACUGUCAUUGAUGAAUCGACAACAACUGGUGAACCCACUACAACCGUCAUUGAUGAAUCGACAACAACUGAUGAACCCACUACAACAGUCAUUGAUGAAUCCACAACAACUGAUGAACCCACUACAACAGUCAUUGAUGAAUCGACAACAACUGAUGAACCCACUACAACCGUCAUUGAUGAAUCGACAACAACUGAUGAACCAACUACAACCGUUAUUGAUGAAUCGACAACAACUGAUGAACCCACUACAACCAUCAUUGAUGCAUCAACAACAACUGAUGAACCCACUACAACCGUCAUUGAUGAAUCAACAACAACUGAUGAACCCACUACAACCGUCAUUGAUGAAACGACAACAACUGAUGAACCCACUACAACCGUUAUUGAUUUAUCAACAAUAACUAGUGAACCCACUACAACCGUCAUUGAUGAAUCGACAACAACUGAUGAACCCACUACAACCGUCAUUGAUGAAUCGACAACAACUGAUGAACCCACUACAACUGUCAUUGAUGAAUCGACAACAACUGAUGAACCCACUACAACCGUAAUUGAUGAAUCGACAACAACUGAUGAACCCACUACAACCGUCAUUGAUGUAUCGACAACAACUGAUGAACCCACUACAACCGUAAUUGAUGCAUCAACAACAACUAGUGAACCAACUACAACCGUCAUUGAUGAAUCGACAACAACUGAUGAACCCACUACAACCGUCAUUGAUACAUCGACAACAACUGGUGAACCCACCACAACCAUCAUUGAUUCAUCAACAACAACUGAUGAACCCACUACAACCGUCAUUGGUGCAUCGACAACAACUGGUGAACCCACUACAACCGUUACUGGUGCAUCAACAACAACUGAUGAACCCACUACAACCGUUACUGGUGCAUCGACAACAACUGGUGAACCCACUACAACCGUAACAGGUGCAUCGACAACAACUGGUGAACCCAUUACAACCGUUACUGGUGCAUCAAUAACAACUGGUGAACCCACUACAACCGUUACUGGUGCAUCAACAACAACUGGUGAACCCACUACAACCGUAACAGGUGCAUCGACAACAACUGGUGAACCCAUUACAACCGUCACUGGUGCAUCUACAACAACUGGUGAACCCACUACAACCGUAACAGGUGCAUCGACAACAACUGGUGAACCCAUUACAACCGUUACUGGUGCAUCAAUAACAACUGGUGAACCCACUAUAACCGUUACAGGUGCAUCGAUAACAACUGGUGAACCCACUACAACCGUUACUGGUGCAUCAACAACAACUGAUGAACCCACUACAACCGUUACUGGUGCAUCGACAACAACUGGUGAACCCACUACAACCGUAACAGGUGCAUCGACAACAACUGGUGAACCCAUUACAACCGUUACUGGUGCAUCAAUAACAACUGGUGAACCCACUACAACCGUUACUGGUGCAUCAACAACAACUGGUGAACCCACUACAACCGUAACAGGUGCAUCGACAACAACUGGUGAACCCAUUACAACCGUCACUGGUGCAUCUACAACAACUGGUGAACCCACUACAACCGUAACAGGUGCAUCGACAACAACUGGUGAACCCAUUACAACCGUUACUGGUGCAUCAAUAACAACUGGUGAACCCACUAUAACCGUUACAGGUGCAUCGAUAACAACUGGUGAACCCAUUACAACCGUUACUGGUGCAUCAAUAACAACUGGUGAACCCACUACAACCGUUACUGGUGCAUCAACAACAACUGGUGAACCCACUACAACCGUAACAGGUGCAUCGACAACAACUGGUGAACCCAUUACAACCGUCACUGGUGCAUCUACAACAACUGGUGAACCCACUACAACCGUAACAGGUGCAUCGACAACAACUGGUGAACCCAUUACAACCGUUACUGGUGCAUCAAUAACAACUGGUGAACCCACUACAACCGUUACUGUUGCAUCGACAACAACUGGUGAACCCACUACAACCGUUACUGGUGCAUCUACAACAACUGGUGAACCCACUACAACCGUUACAGGUGUAUCGACAACAACUGGUGAACCCACUACAACCGUUACUGUUGCAUCGACAACAACUGGUGAACCCACUACAACCUUUACUGGUGCAUCGACAACAACUAGUGAACUUAAUUCAACCAUCAAUGGUGUGUUGACAACAAGUGAUGAACCCACUACAACCAUCACUGGUGUGUUGACAACUACUGAUGGACCCACUACAACCAUCACUGGGUCAUCAACAACAACUGGUGAACCCACUACAACCGUUACUGGUGCAUCAAUAACAACUGGUGAACCCACUACAACCGUAACAGGUGCAUCGACAAAAACUGGUGAACCCACUACAACCUUUACUGGUGCAUCAACAACAACUGGUGAACCCACUACAACCGUUACUGGUGCAUCGACAACAACUGGUGAACACACUACAACCGUUACUGGUGCAUCAAUAACAACUGGUGAACCCACUACAACCGUUACUGGUGCAUCAAUAACAACUGGUGAACCCACUACAACCGUUACUGGUGCAUCAACAACAACUGGUGAACCCACUACAACCGUAACAGGUGCAUCGACAACAACUGGUGAACCCAUUACAACCGUCACUGGUGCAUCUACAACAACUGGUGAACCCACUACAACCGUAACAGGUGCAUCGACAACAACUGGUGAACCCAUUACAACCGUUACUGGUGCAUCAAUAACAACUGGUGAACCCACUACAACCGUUACUGUUGCAUCGACAACAACUGGUGAACCCACUACAACCGUUACUGGUGCAUCUACAACAACUGGUGAACCCACUACAACCGUUACAGGUGUAUCGACAACAACUGGUGAACCCACUACAACCGUUACUGUUGCAUCGACAACAACUGGUGAACCCACUACAACCUUUACUGGUGCAUCGACAACAACUAGUGAACUUAAUUCAACCAUCAAUGGUGUGUUGACAACAAGUGAUGAACCCACUACAACCAUCACUGGUGUGUUGACAACUACUGAUGGACCCACUACAACCAUCACUGGGUCAUCAACAACAACUGGUGAACCCACUACAACCGUUACUGGUGCAUCAAUAACAACUGGUGAACCCACUACAACCGUAACAGGUGCAUCGACAAAAACUGGUGAACCCACUACAACCUUUACUGGUGCAUCAACAACAACUGGUGAACCCACUACAACCGUUACUGGUGCAUCGACAACAACUGGUGAACCCACUACAACCGUAACAGGUGCAUCGACAACAACUGGUGAACCCACUACAACCGUUACAGGUGCAUCGACAACAACUGGUGAACCCACUACAACCGUCACUGGUGCAUCUACAACAACUGGUGAACCCACUACAACCGUUACUGGUGCAUCAAUAACAACUGGUGAACCCACUACAACCGUUACUGGUGCAUCGACAACAACUGUUACAGCCGGACCCACAACAACUGUAACUGUUCCAUCGACAACAACUGUUACAACUGCACCCACAACAACUGUCACCGGUGCAUCAACUGCCACCACAUCUACAACGGCUACUCCUGACCCCACAUCAGUGAUAGUCAAUGGCACAGGUGCUCCUGCAACAGCUGUUCCUGCUACCUUGCCCACAACUACAGUCUCAAGGACAUCAUCACAACUGUCAACGACUACCACCACAACAACCAAAGCACCAACCACUACUACAACACCUACUACUACUACUACUACUACUACAACACCUACUACUACUACUACUACAACACCUACCACU